UCGAGCUCAUUUAUGGAUAUGUAAGUAGACGCGGCGAUAAUGACAUGGACUCACGCGUCCGUGUUUCUCACUUUCAAUUAUGCCGAUAAGGAUCAGAAGUCGUAGUCGAUGUCCAAUAUGUCCAUGGGGAGCACUGGGUCCGUUAAUGAUUCAACAUUAGUCGAUCAGGGCCGGGGAUCGGGGCCAAUUUCAACAGUCACGCACUGUACUUUCUUUACCCAUCGUGACUUUGGUCUCACCGACCAUUGUCUUCGCAGGACACUUUAUAUCCUGGCUGCAUGACAAAAUACAAUCAGUCAAACUUUAGCGACUGACUGGCGACCGUCGUCUCUUUUAAUUGCAGUGCAGAAGUGUUGUGGGUGGCCGAGAUGUGUAACAAAGUCAUCGUGUUAUCCCUAGCCUACGUGGCUAUAUUUGUAAGCGUAGUGCAAUGUGAGAAAGAUGCAUCGAAUUUGACGGAAAUUCUAAGCAGUGCAGAGGAGAGCGUAGGCCGUACGUUCGGCCACAACGCACUGAAGCGGCUGUCGUUCAUCUUUUUGCCGGUGAUGUUCACGCUGGGCGUCAUCUCCACGCUGCUGAUGGCGCUGGCCGUCAUCUCCGUCAAAAACCUGGCCAUCGGCGUUAUGCUGCUCAUUGUCUCCGUCAGUCAGGCCGUGUCGCGACUGUUCCUGACGGCGGCGCCGUCCCCGCUGGUGCAUCUGCACCCGCGCGCCGAGCUGCUGCCCGCGCCCGUGGCCGCGCCGUGGCCCGCGCCCGGGCCUCUGCUCUCGCCCUGGGCCCGGUCCGACAACGACGCUACCAUCUCCGACUAAAUACUACUAUAGUCGAACCCGCC